CAAAGAGAAUUAGGUUAGGUAAGGUGCAUCUGGCUCACACUGCUUGUUAGCUGCUGACAUAGUAACUGUGCUGAAGUUGACAAAUUAGUAUUCUGACUUCAGCAGGAGAGAUAUGAUAUAGAGAAAUGGCACUGUAUGGAAUGUCUGUCAUCACUGGGAUACUAAUCAGUGGAAUAUAUUGCUGUGUGAUUCCUGAUGAUUUUGUGGGGGCAAGAGCACACGGGGACAUUAUUAUUGGUGGCUUGUUCGCAGUGCAUGGCAGAAUGAUGAACUCAGUUCGGGGAUAUCCACAUCAGCCGGCUAUCCAGAAUUGUGCUGGGUUUGAGAUGCAGGGAUUCCUGCAGAUACUAGCCAUGGCUCACACAAUAGAAUUGAUAAACAAUUCCUCACUUAUACCUGGAGUAAAACUGGGAUAUGAAAUCUACGAUACCUGUUCAGAAUCCACACAAGCAAUAUCAGCUACAUUGCGAUUUCUGUCUACAUACAAUACUUCAGGAGACACUUUGGUAUUCAAAUGCAACUAUUCGGACUAUACACCCAGAGUAAAAGCUGUGAUUGGAGACAGUUAUUCAGAAGUAUCCAUUGCUGUUGCAACGUUACUGAACACCCAGCUUAUCCCACAGGUCAGUCACGCAUCAUCUGCUGAAAUACUAAGUGAUAAAUUUCGAUUUCCUGCUUUCUUGCGGACAAUUCCAAAUGACUCUUACCAAACUAGAGCAAUGGCAAAACUCAUUAAUUUCUCUGGAUGGAACUGGAUUGGACUUAUAACCAUGGAUGAUGACUAUGGGAGAUCAGCUAUAGAGAGCUUUGGAGCUCAGGCUAUCAAUAUCAAUGUUUGCAUCGCCUUUAAAGAAGUCAUACCUUCUCAUUUAUCUGACAGCACCGUACAGUCUCGGAUAGAUAAGACCAUUCAAACCAUACUGAAAGAAACAAGUGUCAAUGUAAUUGUAGCUUUUCUAAAGCCUUCACUUAUCAUAAAGCUUUUUAUAAAAGUAAUGGAGAAGAAGAUAAAGAAGACGUGGAUUGCAAGUGAUAGUUGGUCUGUGUCUACAGGAGUUAGUAGCAUACCUGAUAUUGAAAAGAUCGGCCAAGUGAUUGGAUUUAUGUUUAAAAGUGGUGAUACUACAUCUUUUCAGGAGUAUUUAAAAAAUCUAAACCAACAGAAGUUUGAGAUGAAUCGUUUCGUGGACAAAUACUCAGUGCUUGUGUCUGACUGUUCAAAGGGGAAAUAUAGUGAUAUAUACAGUUGUGUUACUGAUUCUUCCAAGGAAGCUGUAGUCACCUCCAGAAGGAUAAAAAACAAAGCUCUGGGAGUGGACUUCCUUUCAGCCACAGUGCAGCCAGGAUUUGUCUUUAGCACUCAGUUGGCAGUGACUGCUAUAGCACAUGCUAUCCAAAAACUGUGUUUGAAUAGAAACUGCAGGAAUCCUAAUGCUUUUGCACCAUGGGAGCUUCUACAAUCCCUGAAGGCUGUUAAUUUCACUUACAAGGGUAGGACUCUCUUCUUUGAUUCCAAAGGUGAUGCCAGUACAGGAUAUGAUGUGCUAAUCUGGAAAAAGGGCCCUGAUGGAAAAAUAAAUAUUACCCCAUUUGCAGAAUAUGACACACAGAAAGGUGUGUUUAGAUUUAGCACCAAGGAUAAAGAAAAUGAGUUCACACUUUUAAAGGAAAUCCGUUCCCGAUGUUCAGAUGAAUGUAAACCAGGGCAAAUGAAAAAAACAUCAGCGAGUCAACACACGUGUUGUUAUGAAUGUGUUGCUUGUCCUGAAAACCACUACACCAAUAAUAAAGAUAUGGUUUAUUGUCUUCAAUGCAACAAUAAGACUCAUUGGUCUCCGGUGAAUAGCACUGUCUGCUACCUGAAAAAGAUUGAAUAUCUGCGCUGGGAUGAUGGCUUUGCAAUUGUUCUCCUCCUUAUUUCUUUUAUUGGAAUUUUUAUUAUUGUUGCUAUAGCACUGCUGUUCACAAAGAAUUUUGAUACGCCUGUUGUCAAGGCAUCUGGAGGCUUCCUUUGCUAUAUCAUCCUCUUCUCUAUUCUUUUAAGUUUUGUCAGUGCGGUCUUCUUCAUCGGAAAACCAGAAGAUAUCAAGUGCAAAAUGAGGCAGACUAUGUUUGGCAUUAGUUUCACAGUGGCAGUGGCAUGCAUUUUGUUAAAGUCCAUUAAAAUAUUGCUAGCUUUCACCUUUGAACCCAAAGUGCAAAGUAUUCUAAAGCGCCUUUACAAACCAUUCACCCUAGUUUUUGUAUGCACCGGAAUUCAGAUCAUCAUUUGUACUACUUGGCUGGUAUUCUGGUCUCCAUAUACGCAGGAGAACUUCUCACUUCCCAAGACCAUCAUAUUGGAGUGUGAUGAAGGCUCUACGGUGGCAUUUGGUAUCAUGUUAGGAUAUAUUGCUCUCCUGACAUUUAUUUGUUUUAUUUUUGCAUUCCGGGGUAGAAAGCUGCCAGAAAAUUAUAAUGAAGCCAAAUUUAUUACAUUUGGCAUGUUAAUUUACUUUAUAGCUUGGAUAACCUUUAUUCCAAUAUAUGCUACAACAUUUGGUAUAUACUUACCAGCUGUUGAAAUGAUUGUUAUAUUGAUAUCUAACUACGGCAUUCUGUCUUGUACAUUUCUGCCCAAAUGCUACAUUAUCUUAUGUAAACAAGACACAAAUACCAAAUCUGCUUUCCUUAAAAUUAUCUAUAAAUAUUCGGCCAAAAGUGCCAGCAGCCUAACUGUUAGUCAUGUAUCCUCCAGUUCGUUGACAUUACCCGAGGGCAGUACCACUGUGCCCAGCGUGUCAAGCAGGCCUUCUGUAAGUUGUAUAAGUAACAGCUUUUCAUUCCACGAAAGACUUGUAGCUGCAGAUAUACCUCCCACAAAAGCCAGAUGCCUCCAAAGGAAAAGAUUAUCAAGCAUUUGAUGACAGCAUUGACCAAAACAUUUUAUUGUAUGGACAAAAAAAACAAAACAUA